CUUUGUUCUAUUUCUUGUAGGAUAACAUAUAUACAAGAUGAUGAUGUCAAAAUAAGACGUUUAAUCACUGAAUUGACAGUUACAAUGACGAGGAAACGCACCAGAAAGUCUGCACGUAAAAGGACAGAAGCAGAUACCGGAGAAAAAGUGAUCAACAUCAAAAACUGUCAUACUGUACAGAUUGGCCAAACUAACAUAUCAACUGUAGAUACCGGCGAUGACGAGUCUGCAUCCAGUCAACUCACAGAAUUAUCAAGAAGUAACCGUGCUGGCAGUGAGACUUGUCUUCUUGUUCUCAAGAAUCUACUCAAAGACAGAGGAAAGCCGUUACCACUGGAAGAAUUAGGUGAGUGUGUCACGGAAAUAUUACAAAAAGGCGAUUCCAAGUCAUUUGAAGACCUAUGCCAUAUGCCACUAAAGGACUAUGUGUUAGUGAAUAAUAGUGACUUUCGUGUUUAUCAAGAAAGAUCAACAGUGUAUGUUGCGCUGAUUAAGAACAAAGAUAACAUAAGAAAUGUUGGAGAGCAGCGUCAGGAUGUUGAUGACGGCGAUUCAUCAGGGGAAUCACCAUCUGCUUCAGAUAUUGGAUCAAACGAUUGGCAAUAUGUGUCGAAGAAACAAACAAAACACCGGCAACGAAAUACCCCAAAACCCCUUGCAAGAGAAAUAAUAUCUGAUCGAAAUGAGGAAGACCCGACAGUAAAGAAGUUCAAAGAUCUCGUGGCUAAAAAGGAAGACAGAGACAUAUUGUUUAUUCCAGAUCAUAAAUUGUAUGCCGAAAAUCAAGGAAAGUGCAUGCAAGACAUUGUCUCUAUGUGGAAUACUCCACAAAGGACAAAGUCGUACAUAAUUAUUGGCGUGGAGAAAACUGAUGAUGGACAGUUGCAGUUAAAUGGUAUAGACAAAGACUUUGACAUUUCUAUUUAUGAAACCGAAACCCUUUUCAGUAUAGAUUUGUUUACUAUGAGACCAAUGUAUCACUGUUUCAUUGUUGAAUAUCAGUCAAAGUCUUUCGUUCUAGUAGAAAUCGCUUCUAGUUGUGGUAAAGGACAACCUAGCAUCGUAAAAUGUUCAUAUGAUAAGGAUGGUGUAUCUCUGAAAGAAAACGAAUUAUGGUACAGGAAAGGACGUACCAACGUUGUCUGUCCACCUACCGAUUUAACUAUUGGUUCUAUCUACCAGUGGUUUUUAGGAGCUAUGCCAGUUGUACCAAUAGAAGCGGAACCAACAGAGGUAAGUUAUAGAGAAACAGAUAUCGUUGUUUCCAGUGAUAAGCAGGCAGCAGUUGACACAAACGAGAGGCUAUCUGAUGCUACAUUUCCAGAAAUAGGUAAGGACUUUGCACAGUUUUGGAGCUACGUAAAUUCUUUCAAAGGGACCAAUAGUUAUAUUUUGCUUUCCGGCGAUGUUCCUAAUGAGCAACUGAACUUGGCAAAACUUUCUUUGAUAGACUGGGUAGCUGUGUAUGAUUUCGAUGUUUUCAGUUGUUCGAACGGUUUAUUCAAUGCCGUCCAAGAUUCCCUUGAAAGCAGACGGCAUCUACGCAUUGAAACCUGGAGGGAAGCUCCACCUUAUCCGUCGGACGAUGGCACAUACUGGUGCUUUCUCCGAGGUCGUCGUGAACUAUCGGAUUCAAGGACUGACUCUCCCGAUGGACUAAUCGAGUCUCCUCAGAAUUGGUUUAAAAUAGCAAAAUCCGGUCUGGUUGAAAAUUGCGAGCAACUGGCAAUCUUUUCGGACAAUCACACGGUUUUUACAAUCGUUAUCUUGUGGCCAAAGAAAGAGGAACUUGUAUCAUUUAUCAAGAAAUAUUUGGACAGAUUAGUAGAAGUUCUUACACACUCUCCUAGAAUUGUACUAUGUCUAAACGAAGAACCAGCCACAGAAAUGGGACAGUCGCAAUUUAAAUCUCUGUGUUAUGAAUAUACUAACAAUAUUCAUGUAUGCAAGCUUAAUUUUAGUAAGCUUUGUCUUGGAAUAGGCAAUUUCAUUUCCAAGGAAGAACCAUUACAUUCUCAGUGCGAACUUCCAGUAGCGUGUUCGUAUCUUACGCCUAUAAUCCCAGAGAAAGAUACAGUGUGGUUGAAAGAGGAUCUUGAGGUGCUGUACCUUGAAAAUCCAUACAAAAAGUCUUCAGAUGGCGAGAACGUUAAAAAUGAAAUGAUGAAGUUUUAUAAGGGUGGUACAUUACCCUGGUUUGCGAGAUACCAUAAAGAUGCCGACAGCAUAGAUAUAGAAAGAGACGAAAUGAAAAGAUUAGAGGAAAUGAUUCAAAACCAUACUGAUGACUACAGAACCUCAGUUAUAACCGUUUGCCAUGCCCCAGGAUCAGGAGGAACAACUCUUGCUCAGAGGGCCUUAUGGAACUUUCACAGACGCAUUCCGUGUGCACAAGCACGAAGUGGCACAUUUCUGAAAUCCAGUGAUCUUGAGAGAAAACUAUCUUUUCUUUACGAGAAGACACAGUUACCCGUUCUUUUACUUAUCGACGGUGAGGAAGAUAGAAAGGUCAAGUAUCUGUCUAAUGCCUUGAGACGCACGAUUAUUCUACACGUGAAACGAUUCCCUUGGAAUAUGCAGAAACUCGUAGAAAAGAAUCAAAAGGACAAGAUAUAUUUAUCUGGACGUGUAUCGGGAAGAGAAGCUGAAAAGCUUGCCGCAAAAUUCGGUGAAGGAUGUUCUAGCAAAAUGAAAAAACGCCUUAAGAAAAUGAGAGAUGAUAUAAGUAAAAGGUUACAUCACUACAUGUAUGAAUUUGGCAUGACAGUCUAUCACCAUGAAUUCAAAGGUCUGAUUUCCUACGUGAAAGGAUACUUGCAACUUGAGAGAAACCCAACCCAUGAUUUAUUACCUUGGCAACGGUGUCUUGGAUAUCUUUCUCUUGUGUAUUAUUAUGGACAAACCUCUGUUCCGAGCCAGUUCUUCGCCGCUUUGUUUAGUAGACCUUCUGAUUACGUGAUGGAACUAGAAGAGGAUUUUCCUUACCCAACAUCAGAAUUUGUGGUUUACGAAUCACACGAAAGAAGAAGGAAUACCCUUAGAAUUUGUCACUACGAAAUAGCAAAAGAAACACUGGAGCAGUUACUGUCAAGGCAUUCGAGAGGAAAACCUAGUGCAAGGUCUUAUUCUUUGAGCAGUUGUGCUCGUGGAAAGUUGGCGUCUUUUUGCAAAGAGUUCAUUGAAUACUGUAACAGGAAAAAGACAAAAGACAGCGUGUAUUGCCAAACCAUCAAGCAUAUACUUACAAAGACUUUCAUUCACAGAGACGAAAGGGAUAGAGGAGAAAAUGAAGAACAAGACACAAGAAAGAAACAACAGGUAUCCCAGCUUUUACUCGAUAUUCCCGCCAGUAAACCGUUGUUCACAGAAAGACUGCAGAUACUUGAAACGCUAUCAAGUUCCUUUCCAGACGAUCCGAAUUAUCACGCACAUGUUGGCCGUUUUCAUGCAUUCUGUGGGCCAGAUAAUGAGCAAAAGGCUGAAGAUCGUUUCACAACUGCAAUAAAGCUCUGUGAAAAGAAAAAUAAAGGCAAGCAAUUAGAUGACCUUGACGACUCUAUGAAGUCUACGCUAAUGCAUAUAUAUCAUAUGUAUGGUAUUGUUAAAAAGCGCAAAGUUAGUUCCUUUACAGGAAAACAACAGAAAGACCAAGUAAAAAUCAUGUCCACAGAAUCAGAGUUUAACGAGAAAAUAACAGACUUGGUGCACACAGCAGAAAUGGCAAGUGAUUUUUUCACAACGAGCAGAGAAAUGACUCCAGACGCAUGUGACAUCUUUACACAUGCAUUCACCAGCGAAAUAGAAGUAAGACUUCAAAUUUGUGAUUAUAUUAUGCGGCACUUUGACACAAAAGCUGAACCAGACAAGAUUUUCAAAGCAUUUCUGGAUUCAUCUGCCGAUGAAGACAGUAAGUAUUUUGUUGAAAUUAGCAUUCAGAAGAUAGAAAGACUAAUUCUUGAGUGCUACAUGGACGUUAAUUUGGAGUCGGCAGAUCAAGCGACUUUGAGGAGGCUAGUGAAGUGGUACAAUGCCUUGUUUAAACGUCAGAUUUUACCAGAAGAGUCAACUACUUUGGACGAUGAAGUGAGUGACAUACGAUUACAAAUAACUUCUCUGAAAUUACAAUAUGGUACCGGUACACAGAAUCUAAGCAUGGAGUGCAUAUUUGAUGAGGAUGCAUUCAAUAAAAUCAUAGAUUUGUAUGAGCAAAUGUUUAAGCAAAUACAAAGCAAUGGUAUUGGGGGAAAACUCGGCAAGAAAGAAAUCGAAUAUGAUUAUAGAGAAUGGAUAUUUGCCAUUCGGCGGGAUAUCUGCCGAAAGACUUAUGGAAUUGAAGAAGUACUGGUGCAUGUCCAAAACUGGCAUCACCUCGUCCGUUCACCGAUGUCAACGUAUUACUUAUUUGUUCUGAAGAGUCUUCUUGGGUUUGGCACAGAAACAACAUCGGGGAAAACAGAAUGCUUGUUAGCUGCAGAAAGUCUUAAAUCUGAGCUGUUCAAAAAGAAUAGUUUAGUAAUUCGCCCUAAGUAUCCUCGAGAAUGGCUGGGGAGCUCGGGUGAUGGCAUACGAGUUCUUCAAACGACAAACAGGCGAAUUGGAUUAAACGAGAACAGAGAGGCUGGGCGCGGUCUCACUGAUUUGGCAGUCUGCAAAGGAACAAUCUGCCACCCAAAUAAUGGCAAGUUUGGGGGCCGAAUAGCGUUAGAUUUGAAGGUUAGCACAGUAAGCGUGUUUUACAUUCCAAAGCAUAGUAAUCUUGAAGGACCUCGUUAUGGCGGACAAAGAGUCGAGUUUAAUCUCGCUUUUAGUGUAGAGCAUGGAUAUGAGGCAUUUCAUGUCAAACUACUAAAGAGACAUGGUUGUUCUUCAUGCAGCGCAAUGGUUGAAUUCACAAGUGUAGACGAGUCACUGUCCUGUGCUUGUGGCGAAAUGAUACACAGAGAUCAUCUGAAUGAGAUCAAAACAGUACAAGAGGAUACAGCAGAAAUCGACAUGUGUGGGGAGAGUCCUGAGGAUACAUAAAUACGUUCUUGGAAUAUAGUUGUACCUUAUUAUACGCCCGAAGGGACUAUUAUGUUAUACCCCCGGUGUCCGUCUGUCCGUCCGUUAGCAAUUUCGUGUCCGCUCUGUAACUCUUGAACCCCUUGAAAGAUUUGGCAGAAACUUGACACAAAUGUUUACCGCAUCAAGACGACGUGCAGAGCGCAUGUUUCGAAUGGCUUGCUUCAAGGUCAAGGUCACACUCGGGGGUCAAAGGUCAUAUGAGUUUGUUUCGUGUCCGCUCUGUAACUCUUGAACUGCUUGAAGGAUUUCAAAGAAACUUGGCACAAAUGUACACCACAUCGAGACGACGUGCAAAGCGCGUGUUUCGGAUGGCUUGCUUCAAGGUCAAGGUCACCCUUAGGGGUCAAAGGUCAUAUGACUUUGUUUCGUGUGUAUAUUGCUCUGCAUUGCGGUGCUCUUGUUUUUAUUUGGCCGAUCCCUUUUUUGUUCACUUACAAUAAUUAUUUUUUGAAAUACUUCCCUUUUAUAUUACUAUAAAUAGCUUAGUUUGUAACUUUUUUAUUAUUGGCUGUAGGGAAAAACCACUUUUCUGUGGUACAACAUGGAUGGUACCUCCAAUUUUUAGGUGUAUUUUGACAUAUCUGUACCUGGUAAAGAUUUUUUUGUGGACUUAGAAUAUUUUUUUUGAAUUUCUUUCCUUUGUUGUUCCUGUCCUUCGGGCUUCAACAGUCAAGUUCUUUAAAAUUUGCUCCCAUCCUCUGAUAUAACCCUUCGGGCGUAUAUUGCCCCGCUUGGCGGAGCUGUUGUUGAUCUUUGUCCUUGUUUUAUUCCGUAUGUUAUAAUUUAUUUUGCUCAUAUGCCAGGUCAGACCAUUUUAGAAUUUAAAGGCAAACGAAGGGAAUCAGACCACCUAGCUCUUGACCAUUGUAUAAAGAGGAACACUCUCGAGUUUGAAAGUACAUUAAAUGGUACAUUUGAUAUUGUUGACACUUUAUCCAGAGCCUUUGCUCUGAUCUUAAAUGCGGCUAGAGAUGAAGAAAUAAGAUAGGUUUUUCCAGACGUUCAUAUUAGAAGCAUUUACUGUAAUAGAUAGGUAUAUAGAUUGUAGCUUCUAAUAGUUGUUUCUUGGAGUAGUCUUCAUGCAAGCUCUUUUUUAACAGUUUUGUUAGUGCUUGUCUUAUGUGCCGGUAUAUUGAGUGAAAAUACAUCUGCACUUGUUAUGUUGCUGUAUAUCUAUGUAGCCCAUUAGAUGACUUGAAUGUGUGCAGAAGCAGGUAAGUGAAUAAUAAAUGUUUGUUUUUUGUAUGGCUUGUUGCUUUUCGAAAAUUUCAUCUUAAUGUUGUCAACGCUUUACGGUGACGAUUGUAUCAAAAUGGCAAUUGACUACAUGAGGUCAUAUUAAUAGCAUGAAAGGAGUAUACACUACAAGUAGUGGUCUUUUAGCACAGGUGGUCUCUUAAUGCAACAUAGUUAAUUUUGUUCUUUAACAUUGCAUAAAGGAACUGUGGUCUCUUAAUGCAAAUGGUCUUUUAAUAGACAUGGUUUCAAGAGCAAGUUUGAAUGUACAUAUCUCUUUACAUUAAAGAUAUCCAAUAGCUAUUUUUCACUAAAAUAGUUUAUAUUUACUUCAAAAGCAGAAAAUCCUCAUCAGAUGUAUUUUACUGUAUUAAAUAUAUAAAUUAAUUGUUCAUGCAGUAACAGUCGAUUGUUUAUAAAUUGUUUAGUUUUUUAGUGAUAUCACACUUUUAUACUGUGUUCAGCUAUACAUGUAUACGGCAUAUACUAUUUUAACCUAAUGAGUAGUACUGUUAAUACACAUUAGCUAUAUGUAGUAUUCGUUUAUGUUUUCAAACAAGAAAGUUUGGUCUAGUAUACCUUUAACAUUUUGAAAUAUUUCCAAGUCUCCUUGUGUAAGUGUCAUAGGGCACGACGGGAGCUUCGAUAGUAGGCAGAGCAGUUAAUGAAAUUAUAGCGGAUGUUGUUCUGAAUUUAAUUGUCGAAGCUCCCGUCGUGCCCUAUGACAUAAGCUUAUGUAUAUCAAACAAAUUGUCUGUCUCGGAAAUCAAGGGUCUGUAUACUGAACGCAUAGCUUUUCAUUUCUAUAUACACUGCAUACUAUUCAUAAGUGAUAUAUGUUGACGCCAUCAGACACGUUUCUUAGUAAUACUGCUAAUAAAUUAGAUAAUAUAAAUAGAUCUACAUAGUUACAUAACCUCAACUGUAUCAAUUUUGAGUGUAACUUUAUUUUUUGACUUUUAAGGAGACAUCAGCAAAACGUUUAACAGCCUGAUAAAAAAAUUGCAGCAUUAUAAAAUAAGUUAUGUUUUGGAUUCAAAUACAUAAGUUCUCCUUAUAAAUUUAGUGUACGAGGGUUAAUAAUAAAUUAAAGUAUUGAUCAAUCUUAUUGUUGGUUCCAGAAUGAUGGUCGAUUUCAAGAGUGUAUAUACAUGAACUUGAAGGUCGCAAUUUUUUUUAAAUUACGCGACCGAACAUGAAAACAUAUGCUUUAAUAUGUGCA